AUGUCUAUGCCCUUGGAGCACGAUUAUAUAGGCUUCUCGCCACCACCAGCAGAAGACUCUUCCGUGGAGAAAACAGGGGAUGCUAAAAUUAAAUCCAUCUCUGCUCUCAUCAUGAACAUGAAAGCUACCGAGUUGAAGCUCGGGUUACCCGGCUCCGAGUCCCCCCGAGCGAGACAACACCGGCAGCAGCCCGGAGCUAUGCAUCAGCUUGCCCAGUAG